AUGCCCCCUCAGUCAGGAACCAGUGCAGAGAAGCCAAAGGUUGAGCCAGGGGCCCCGCAGCUCUUCACCUGGGAGGAAGUUGGGCUCCGCACAGGCAAGGGAAACUUCAAGGAAGAGAGAUGGCUGGUCAUUGACCGAAAGAUUUAUGAUGUCAGUCAAUUCUACUUGCAGCAUCCAGGUGGGCCUCGUCUCAUCAAACACUAUUCUGGACAAGAUGCCACGGAUCCCUUUACAGCUUUCCACAAAGAUGAGGAUCUGGUAAAGAAAUACUUGAAUUCUCUCUUAAUUGGGGAACUAACACCGGAUCAACCUAGUUGUGAGCCCACCAAAAAUGAAAUGCUGAUACAUGAUUUUCAUGAAUUACGCACAAAAGUGAAGAAGAUGGGACUCUUGAAGUCCAGUGUUCCUUUUUUUAUCUUCAUUUUUCUGCAUGCUUUCCUGCUGGACGUGGCAUCUUGGUUCACCAUCUGGUACUUUGGAAAAUCUUGGGUGCCUUUCCUUAUUGGAGUAGCAAUGUUCACUGUUGGACAGACCCAAUAUGCUUUCUUUCAACAUGAUCUUGGGCAUGUUUCAGUCUUCCAGAAGCCUAAAUGGAACAGACUGGCUCACAUUUUUGUGAUGGGAGUCCUGAAGGGUAUACCAAGUACCUGGUGGACUGACAUGCAUAACCAACAUCAUGCCAAACCGAACUGUUUCCUGAAGGAUCCUGAUCUCAACAUGCACCCAUUUCUCUUCAGCUUAGGGAAGUCUCUCUCUGUGGAGCUUGGAAAGAAGAAAAAGAAAUACAUGCCUUACCAGCAUCAGCACAAAUAUUUUAGCUUCUUGGCACCUUUAGCAUUCGUUGCUUUUGUGCAGUCAAUCAUAUUUCGCUAUGUUAUUCGGAAGAAAAUGUGGAGUAAUCUUGCUCUUAUUAUAUUUUUUAAUUUCCGUAUGUGCCUCAUCUACGUUCCUUUAAUGGGAUUCAAGACCUUCAUGGCAUAUUACUGGCUUGCCAGGUUGCUAGAAAGUACAUGGUUUCUCUGGAUCUCUCAAAUGAAUCACAUUCCAAUGAACAUCAGUUAUGACCAGAAUUUGGACUGGGUCUCUUCCCAGCUCGCAGCAACAUGUAAUGUUGACCAUUCCUGGUUCAAUGACUGGUUCACUGGGCACCUGAACUUCCAGAUUGAGCAUCACCUUUUCCCCACCAUGCCUCGACACAAUUAUUACAAGGUGGCUCCUCUGGUGAAAUCUCUGUGUGCCAAGCAUGGUGUUCACUAUGAGUGCAAGCCCAUCCUCACAGCUCUUGCAGAUAUAUUGCAUCGCCUGAAGGAAUAUGGGCAGGACUGGCAGGAAGCUUAUCUCCAUGAAUUGGGAGUGGGAGAUGUUCAGACAGCAACAGAAGUACAUUAA